AUGCGCCGCGCCAGCCGCGACUACACCAAGUCCCUCCGCGGCUCGGAGGAGAUGGGCGGGGGCGGGGGCGGCGGGUCCGGGGGCCUCCAGCCCGAGGGCUCGGCGCUGGUCCCCGCCGCGCCGCCCGCUGCCCCCGGGCCGGCUCCCGGCCCGGCCCCGCUCCCGGGCCCCGCCGCCGCGCCGCGCCCCCUGCUGGCCGCGCUCACCGUGCUGGGCCUCAGCCAGCUGCUCUGCAGCGCCGCGCUCUUCCUCUACUUCCGAGCGCAGAUGGAGCCUAGUAGAAUUUCAGAAGAUGAUACACACUGCUUAGAGACACUUUUGAAAUUCCGCACAAACUCAGCCUUGCAAGAGACUCCCCUGGGGGGUCAAGAAGCAAAAUUAAUGUCUGAUUCAUGCAGAAAAAUGAAGCAAGCUUUUCAAGGCGCUGUGGAGAAGGAAUUACAGCAUAUUGUUGGGAAAGAGCAUACAAGAGCAGAAAAAGCAAUAAUGGAAGGUUCGUGGUUAGAUCUGGCCAGGAUAAGCAAACCUGAGCAACAGCCGUUUGCCCAUCUCACUAUAAAUGGCACUAAUAUUCCCUCAGGCUCCCACAAAGUGAAUCUCUCAUCCUGGUACCAUGACAGAGGCUGGGCAAACAUCUCCAACAUGACGUUCAGCAAUGGAAAACUGAGAGUCAACCAAGACGGGUUCUACUACCUGUAUGCCAACAUCUGCUUCCGCCACCACGAAACUUCGGGGAAUCUGGCCGAAGAGUCCAUUCAGCUGAUGGUGUACGUCACGAAAACAAACGUGAAAAUUAAAAAGUCCGAUACGCUGAUGAAAGGAGGCAGCACCAAAUCCUGGUCGGGAAGUUCAGAGUUCCAUUUCUAUUCUGUAAAUGUAGGAGGAUUUUUUAAACUAAGAUCGGGUGAAGAAAUAAGUAUCCAGGUAUCCAACCCGUCGUUACUGGAUCCAGCUCAAGACGCGACUUAUUUCGGGGCUUUUAAAGUACGGGAUAUAGACUGAGCCUUGACUCUGGUGGGUGAUGGUUACGUCUUUCCUAGGUCUUUUUUUUCUUUUUAUAGAAGUCAAGAAAGGUGUUCCCUAGCAGUGUCGGACUACUAGAAGGGCUGGUUAAAACCUUCAGAGCAGAAUUCUACCUUCUGAACCGUGUACACGACUCCCUUAGGGCUCCCCUUCUGCAGCCAAAGGCAGGACGUGGACUCUAGCACUAUCCCAACCUUAAAGCUUUAUUACACAAUGGUUUUUAUAUUCUGUAACAAAUUCUAGAAUGAAACUGGACCUGCCAUUUGUUACUGCCCUUAGGAAGUCGGGCGAGAACGGGGCAGCUCUCUCCGGGUCUGUCUUUCAGCUGUGGGUCGUCUGGAGGAGACCAAAUCGCAGAUGGAGAAACAGCUGAAGGAUUGAGUUCUUAUGAAUUGUCACAUCACUCUGGAACCUGCAAAUAUUUUCUUUCUAAAGAGGAAAAUGUGUAUUUUUGUAUACUAUCUAAAGUUAUAUUUCAGAUGUAAUGUUUCUGUGCAAAAUAAUGUAAAUUAUAUUUGUGCUAUUGUAUUUGAUGCAAGAUAUUUAAAAUGUCUCACCGUUGGCAUAUUUAAUGUUUUAAAUGUACAGACGUAUUUAACUGGUGCACUUUGUAAAUCCCCUGGGGAAAACUUGCAGCUAAGGGAAAAUGAGAUCAUUUGCUUGGAACAAAGGUAAUAUAUUUCUCUGUCCUUUCUAACUUAAUAGAUUUCUCCGCCUUUUCAAAGAUAUACCCAAACAGAGAACGCCACGAGGAAUAAGCAAUAUGUGGAUCACCACCAGGUGCCUUUCAAAUCUGGUAGCUGACCCGAGGUUGCCAAAACAUGUGUAUAAUAAUCCCUGAAAUCCGUCAAGAGAAUUUUUGGAAAUAUUUAACUGGUGUCUUUUCUACGGUCCUGCAGAUUUAGAUCUUGUUCAAAACAUCAAAAAAGUUAUCAGAGUUAUUAGCUCAAAAAAGCAAGUGGAAUUUUGGAGGGAGGAUUUUAUACUGUAUAAUACAAACAUUUCCUUCAAAUGUUAAUAUUUUUUGUUACAAAAUACAUUUCUCAGAAAAGA